UCUCCCUUGCUCAUUCUGAAUCCAAGUAUAGAAAAAAUGGAGAGAGAUCAGGAACAAAUGCCAUAUUCAAACACACCCCAGGUUCAAGUUGGUGAAGAAAAUGGUGGUGAGAAUGGAAGAGAUGAGAAAAAUGAUAGGAAAAGCCAGAUCAUUAAGGAAGUAAAAAAGCAGCUUUGGCUAGCAGGGCCUCUGAUAGCAGUGAACAUAUUGCUGUUUUGCUUACAAGUUAUAUCAGUGAUGUUUGUUGGUCAUCUUGGUGAGUUACCUUUAUCUGGUGCUUCUGUUGGUACUUCUUUUGCAAGUGUUACAGGUUUCAGCUUGCUGAUGGGACUGUCAACUGCAUUAGAGACAUUAUCAGGGCAGGCAUAUGGAGCAAAGCAAUAUGAUAUGAUGGGCAUAUACACGCAGAGGGCCAUGUUUAUUCUCUUACUUGCUAGCAUACCUCUUGCUGUUAUUUGGGCAAACACAAGAUCAAUUCUAACUUCGGUUGGCCAAAAUGCUGCAAUAGCAGCAGAAGCAGGACAAUAUGCUCGUUUUAUGAUUCCAAGCAUUUUUGCCUACGGUCUUCUUCAAUGCUUCAUUCGAUUCUUACAGACCCAACACAUUGUUUUCCCAAUGGUGCUUAGCUGUGGAAUCACAACUUUAUUCCAUGUCUUUAUGUGUUGGAUUUUGGUUUUUAAAUCUGGACUUGGAAACAGAGGAGCUGCCUUGGCAAAUUCCAUCUCUUAUUGGAUCAAUGUGCUAUUGUUGGGACUUUAUGUCAAAUUCUCGUCUUCAUGUGCAAAAACUUGGACAGGGUUUUCAAAGGAAUCUUUUCAAAGCACCUGCUUUCUUAAACUUGCCAUUCCUUCAGCUGUCAUGAUCUGCUUGGAGAUGUGGUCAUUUGAAAUGUUGGUUCUUUUUUCCGGUCUUCUUCCCAAUCAUAAGCUAGAGACCUCUGUUCUCUCUAUCAGCCUCAACACAGUUGGAACAGUAUGCAUGAUCCCUUCUGGACUAGGUGCUGCUGUAAGUACUCGGGUUUCGAAUGAAUUAGGAGCGGCGGGAAAUCCAAAAGCAGCUCGUUUAUCAGUUUGUGUUGUCCUGGUCUUGGCCAUUACCGAGGGUUUAUUUGUGGCAUCAAUCCUUAUAUUGAUACACAACGUCUGGGGCUAUGCUUAUUGCAAAGAAACAGAAGUGGUCAAAUAUGUAUCAAAAUUGAUGCCAAUUCUUGCAGUCCUUUGCUUUAUUGAUGGACUCCAGUGUGUUCUUUCAGGGAAUGCAAGAGGAUGUGUUCCAUCAGCUGUUCUACUGGCUUUUGUCUUUCAUGUUGGUGGAAAGGGUCUGUGUUUAGGUAUAAUAUGUGCACUCGUCGUGCAACUUUUAUUUCUGUUCACUAUCACAAUCCGAACCAACUGGGAGCAAGAAGCAAAGAAGGCCACAAAAAGGAUCCAUGACUCGAAAAUACCUGUACAUGUAGUCUCAUGAUAUGCUUAAGCUAUGACUGCAUUAAGGAAACUUCACUGGAAUUUUCAAUUACAUGUACAAACUCAUGUAUGGAUCAUCAUUGGCCUAUGGUUUUACUUAACUCUUUGAUAUUAUGUGGAGUAAGCAUUUUAUCUAAAACAUAUGUGCUGAAAUAAAAUACUGUCUUAUUAGCUUCUUUUUCCAUACUUGCUAUGGAUU